CGUCCGUUUCAGAGCAUCAGAGAGAAGAUCAGACAUAUCAGGGCACCAGAUUUCGGUAGCCAGGACACUCCAGUUAUGAGAGUAAUUGCAACUGAUGAUGAUGAACCAGGGAAUGUGAACUCUCAGAUCGCCUAUCACAUCAUAGAUCAGACUCCAGCUGAUGACCUGUUUCGCAUGAACAAAUCAGGAUACGUCUUUGUCAAACGAUCUGGUCUGGACAGAGAGAAAACAGAUCAGUACAUUCUGACGGUGAGAGGUCAAGACUUAAAUGGCGAACCAGGGGGAAAUGUAGCAACCGGCACAGUUACCAUUAAUAUCCUGGACGUGAAUGACAACGCCCCAACUCUGGAAAAAACCGAGUAUACGGGCAGCAUUGAGGAGAACACAAAGGAUGUGGAGGUGAUGAGGCUCAAAACAAAUGACAUGGACCUGCAGAACACAGACAACUGGGAAGCUGUGUUUGACAUUGUCCAAGGCAACGAGGCUGGGUACUUCAGCAUCAAAACAGACCCCGUCACCAACGAGGGCAUCCUAAUGCUCGUCAAGGCUGUGAACUAUGAAGAUGUGAAGGACCUUAACCUAGGCAUAAUUGUGAAGAACAAGGCUCCGAUGUUUAAUGGAUCUGGGACAGGUUCUGGAGCGGAUAUAAGUUUCGGAGGGGGAGGAGGUGGGGCUGGGGGAGCAGGUGGGGGUGGGGGAGCAGGUGGAAGUGGGGGUGGAACAAGUGGGGGAGGUGGGUCUGGAGGAGCAUCAUGGCAAGGUGGGAGCACAUUUGUGACCUAUCCAAUCAAAAUCAAUGUGAAGAACCAGCCCGAGGGACCAGCUUUUGACCCAAAGAUCAAAAAGAUUCCCGUGUCAGAAGGAGGCACCUCCUUCAACGUGAAUGAUGUCAUCGGCAAAUACCAGGCAAUAGAUGGAGACACUGGGAAACCAGCUGAGAAAGUCAGGUAUGCCAAGGGUUUAGACCCUGACAACUGGCUAACCGUCGACCCUUUGACAGCUGAGAUCAAACUGAACAAGAAGCCUGAUAGAGAAUCUCCACAACUGGUCAAUGGGACAUAUAUUGCACAAAUACUCUGCAUUACAGAAGACAUGCCUGCUAAAACAGCCACCGGUACAAUAGCCAUCGAGGUGGGAGAUGUUAAUGACAACUGCCCCGUCCUGACCACUGACUUCCACACUAUGUGCACCACGGAUGUUUCUGUCAUUGUGAACGCUGAAGAUAAAGAUUCCUACCCAAACGGACCUCCUUUUGACUUUGUCAUCAUCCCAGAGGGAACUCAGGGCAAAUGGCAGGUGAACCCUUUAAAUGACACUGCAGCUUCCCUAAAUGCCCAGGAAUCCAUGUGGCCUGGAUUCUACGAGGUGAAAUUUGUGGUGAGGGACAAGCAGGGAGAGGCCUGUCCAGACCCACAGAAAGUGACGGUCGAAGUCUGUACCUGUGUGGACGGGGCAGUGUGUGGAAAACGAGCCACCAGCAAAAGAUCAGAGUUCGGACCUUUAGGCGUCGGACUGUUGUUCCUGGGUCUGCUGCUGUUACUACUACUUCUUCUGUUGCUGCUCUUCUGCCAAUGUGGGGGGGCUGGGGGCUUGCCAGGGGGCUUUACUGAGAUGCCUUUUGACACCAAAUCACACCUCAUUAACUACCGCACUGAGGGCCAGGGAGAGAACACGGAGGUACCGCUACUGAACAUGCCAACACAAAUAGAUGGAAAUAUGGUCGACAUGAAUACAAAUUUCCAGAGAUCCGUUACUUCCAUGGAUGGGAUGAACGGGGCCGGCUAUCAAGAAGGUUUUGCAAUUGGCCACAGAGAAGGGGCAUGGGGGAUGAACCAGCAGAGCGGCAGUGGCUUCUACUCUGAGUUUGAGGGCAGAGAAUCAGGAGUAGGUGGAGGAAUGUAUGACGGCAUGGCUCUGCCAGAUCACUUCCUGGCACAGUACUACACUCAGAAGGUGGCCAGUGGAAAUGACAACCUUGGAGGCAAGGACUGUCUUUUGGUUUAUGACUAUGAGGGCCAGGGCUCCCCUGCUGGCUCAGUGGGCUGCUGCAGCCUCCUGGAGUCUGACAACGACUUGCACUUCCUCGAUGACCUCGGGCUAAAGUUCAAGACCCUGGCUGAGGUAUGCGGAGGAAAGAAGAUCCCAACUGAAGUCAAACAAGAAUUCACUCCUCUGCCCAGUGCUUCCGUCAACACUCAGACCUCAGUUUCAACUUUGAUGACUACCCAACAGCUUCCCCCUCCACCCCAGCCAAAGCCCCGCGUCCCUAAGGCCGUGGUCAGUGAGACAGUGAACAAAAGCACAGCCACAGUUAGGGAAGAGAAGACUAGGGAAGAGAAGACUACAGUGACGAAAGGGAUGACUACAGUGAAGGAAGGGAUGGCAACUCAAGGCCAGAUGCUCCUGCUACAGCAGCCGGCGCAGCAGCCUGUCUACUACACCACCGCCCCUGUGAUGCAACCGAUGCACUACGUAGUCCAGCCACAGGUUCAGAACACAGUGCUGCUGGCUGAGGCACCAGCCACCAACAUGCAGAGCAUGGUACUGCUUAACGGCACCCAGACUGGUCCGGCCCAAGGCAUGGUUUUUCAGAACCAGACAGUGAUGUCCAGCGGACAAGCCCAGGGCCCCCACAUGAUGCUGGUGGAGAGGAGCGGGGUUCAAGGGAGUGGUGCCAACAUGAUCCAUGCUGGCAACCUCUCUGGCUCCCAGACCAUGAUGGUCAUGGAGGGCAUGAUCCCUGCAGGGUCAAUGAAAGGCCUGUCGGGAAGCCAGACCUUCCUCAUGCAGGGGGGCACUCUGCAGCAGCCAGGAGGACAUUCUGGAUCUCAGAGGGUCCUGCUGGUCGGGGGGCCAACGAGCAGCUCAGGUCAGCUGGUCCAGGAGACAGGAGGUCUGUCCCAGAAAAGUGACAUCUCUGGCUCUCAGAGAGUCCUCUACAGCAAGGUCAACACUUCGGCUGGCCCUCAGAGCAGCGUGGCAAGUUCCUCUACCACCAGAGUGAGCGGAACCCCCACCUACCGCAAGGUGGUGGUGCAGGAGAAAACCACUGAAUUGUGAUGUGGGAAAAAAAACUUUUUAAAUGCAGUUUAAACUUAUGGCAAGGCAAGUUCUCAAGUAUUUUUAUGAGAGACACCCUGCAUGUUCAUGUCAGUUUAUUUGUGGAGGGUAUGCUGCAGCAGAUGGACUUGGAAUGAAGCAACAUGUACCCGCAUGAUACCACUGCUUCUGCUUGACACCAACAUAUGCACCCAGACAAACACUAUAAAGCCUAUCAAUCUUGGAUUUAAGAAUAUUUCAUAUUGUGUGUUUAUAUGUUAUACGUUUAUAUUCACAGUUUUCUGGAAAAUUUCAUUUCCAAACACAUAGAAAAAGGUGUUUUUUUCUGUCCACUGUUUGUUUUGGCAAAGGUAUUUUUGUGAUCUGAUGUCUGUCGGUCCACUAAUUUGUUAUCAGGGUCAAUUGUCUUAACAACUAUUGUAAUGUAUGUAAUGUAUUGUUGUGAAAUUCUGUACUGACAUUUAUGGACCCGAGAGGAUGAUAUCUAAAAACUUUGGUGACGCCCCUGACUAGCACCACCAUGAAGUCAAAGUUUUCCCUUAUCCUUUUAAAUAUUGCAACAUCUAACAGAUAAAUUGGUACAAACAUUUGUACAGACCAACAACCUUAACCUUUGGCAGGGUUAGGGUAAGGUUUAGGUAUGUUAUUUCAGGUAAAGUGCCUCUGUGGUAAUAUAACUAAACAUCCCAGAUUUGUCCCUCCACCAUUAGGGCAGUGUGACACUUACUGAGAUGCAUGUCUUGUCCAACAGACAAUUAAAAUUCAGAAAUGGUUCAAAUGUGUCACUGUACAGAAUAUUGAUUGAUAAAAUGUUUUUUAUACUCAUUAUGAAAGAUCAAUUAAACAGGUUGCAAUCAA